UGCGACCCCCGCAGAUCGAUACCUUACACCGUCAUUAAAGAGCGUGAUGGUGGACUGCGCAUGCGCCGAAGCGACUAACUCUUGAGCCGAGGUUUACUCGGGUUCUCCCCAGUCGCUAGUACAAAGUUCACAAAAACAUACAUCUGCUUGCGUCCAAAGAUCUUCGAUUAUUGUUGUUUUAUUUUUUGUUCUUCACUCUUAAAACUUCAUCCUGUACUUGAAGAGAACUUUUGCGACCAUCAGAUAGUUUUCUGUAGAUUAGUUUCCACUGCGAAUCUUGUAUUGUAAAGGAAAAAACAACCAUCCAGGGGUUCAAAGAUAACUGGAGAAGAUCGGUCGUUUCUUUUGACAAACUAGGAUGUUCUUCCCAAACGUUGCCACUUCGACGUUUUGAAACUCUGGAUCUUUUCUUCCAUUGUUCACAGAUUUUUCUGAUGUUGACUGAAGUAUAACAUCGUUUUCUGGACCCAAAAACAAACAUCAAGAGAGGUUUCAAGUUGAUAUAAAUGAGCAAGGUUGACGACUCUCGUCCAAAUACAAGAUCAAGAGGUCCUGCAGGCUCAUCUCAAGAAGCUAUUAGUUGUCCUACUAGAGGUUGCAAUGGGUCUGGUCACAUCAAUGGGAAAUUUACCAAACACAGAACGGUGGCCGGCUGUCCGUUGGCGGCCAAGAAACGAAAAUUGCUGGACAGUUCGAGUAAUGAAUUCUCAGUAUCAAAGACAAGAAGGUCUGAACAGAGGCGAUCGACCUCCUCCGACAGUUCCAAAGUCAAUCAAGAAGCGGAGAAAAAGCCAGUCACAGCCAGCAACAGCCAGCCAACCAGCGACACCAAGAGAAACGAAAAAGUAAACAGUCGCAAGAAUGCCCAAGAAACUUCCCAAAGCAAACCGAGUGGACUGGUCAACGGUACGACGUCAAAUAAAAACAACGCCAAAGAUAGCCAAGAUUCCAAAACGGAAAAGAAUCAGAAAAGGAAUGGGGAUAAUAAUAAAGGGUCGACAAAUAUCUUGAAAGACGCAACAGAAAAACGCUCAAAGAAAAUUCAGGAAGCUUCAAAUAAAGAGCCAACUAAAUGUUUUCCUUCCCCAGCUUUGAUCUCAGUGAAGAUUGAAGAGGACUCUGAUCAAGAAGUUGAAAAACCAAAUCCCAAAAUUAAAGAGAACUCUAACAAUAAAAGUCUAGCCUCAACUGUCACAAAGCAAAAGGAUAAUGAAAAAGCACCAGACAAAAGUCAAAAGAAAACAACUACCGAUACUCCCCCACUUGAAAAGAAAUUGAAGAACACUAACAGCACCACAACUUCUGUAACCAAGGGAGUAAAGUACGAAAUGGAUGAUGCGGAGACUGAUUCAGAAGAUAGUGAAAUCAAAACUACAAAGACCGAAUCUCCUUUAAAACCGUAUGAAAAUAAAACGCCUGAAAGUUCCUUGAAUAAAGUCAGUAACACGGCCUGUAGUAACGCACAAAAGAAUGCUAAGCUGAAAACAGAUGCGAUCUCGGAUUCGAAAUCUGUAAGCAGCGAUGGCAUUAUAGACCCUCCUAAUCCAAAUGAAGCGCCUAUAGAUAUUAAGCCGGUUAUUAAAGGAGUAUCUGUCACGAAAAAGACAACAGAGAUAGUUGCAACAAAAGAUAUUAAUUUGUAUUUUGCCAAAAAGAGCGAACCUCAUAAAAAGUUCACACUCAACCAAUCAGUUCUUGAUACUAAACCGCUUACUGCACAAGCAAUUAAAAAAGUGUCCCCAUCAAUGCCGAAAAAUUUAAUAACUUUUUCACCAUUGACGUCGCACUCCAAGCAAAACGAGGACGCCCCAAAAGUCACUGUUAACAAAUUGGAGGUGAGUCCUGUUUAUAAUCCCAUUGAGAAAGACCCUGUCAAAAUGGACAAUGUACGAAAAGUUGUGAAUUUUCAAGGUGCGCGUUUCACUAUGAGUCCAGACAAAACCUUAAACAAAGUUCAAGGAACCCAUUUUGUUAAAGCUUGUCCAAAUUCAAACUUUGUCGCUACGAAAAGUGUACCGUUCAGACCAGUUGUGCAAGUGCAACCGACUAGCUUCCUGCAAAGUAGGCUGGAAGCUUUUAAGCAGGCCAGUAAAAAUACAGCUGUUUCUAACUCAGAUAACGCUGGAAAUGACUCAGACAACCAACAUGAACCUGCUAACAAACAAACCUGCAAUCAAAUAGGAAUGUCCCCACAAUCAAACUUCAAGCUUGCCAACAAUCAGUUCACUGGAAUUGCUUCAGUUUCGAAUCACGUAACCAGCAAUGGCACAGAGUUGAGUGAUGAUGCCAAAAGAGUGCAAGAAGCUCAGGAAGCACUUAUGAACCUAAAAGGAGGCUUCAUGGGGAAAAUGUCUCCUGAGAGUGCCGUUGCAAAGAAAUCCGCUGACGCUGGAAUGAUCCAGAAUGUGUGGAAGGAUGGCGUGGGUGUUAAACAGCGACCCAUUCAACCAACCCCAAUAAGAUUCGAAAUCCAAAAUUCGGAGUUAAGUCAGCAGCUUUACCAGCAACGCUCCUCAAGUUCGACAGAAACUCCGCAAUCAUUGAAUAAAAGCACGAAUACUCCAUACUUGGAUGAACACAGCAUAGAUGAAACGACGGAAGAUGGCAACCCUACUAGGAAAUCACAGAAGGAAUAUGACAGAGAAAAUCUUUUGAAAAUGGAAGCAGAUUGUGCAAAUAUUUUAGCGGCAUCGUUCGGAACUCAACCACUUUCACAAGAAAUGAUAAUUUAUAGAAGACCUUGCUCACCUGAGGAUUCGGAUAAGUACGUUUCGGCAGAAUCAUCCCCAUCCCCCGCAUCCUCUCCAUCCCGCUCUUCCGCAUCCCGAUCUCCAUCCCCACUCUCCUCACCAACCACAUCCCCUGUCCCACCUCCAGAUGAAGAUGCUGAAGAGGAAGAGGAGGAUGGAGAAAGUGUGUACCGCUCCUCCCCUCCCACGGCUGUCGACGUUGCUGUGGGCGACUCCUGUCCCCAACAGGAGGAUGGAGACGAUCUUCUAUUGGCUGAAGAGCAGGUGAUGAGGGAAGUUUGCACAACUUCCACUAACACAGAUUUCACAUCUUCUGAAGGAACACAAGUCCGAAUGUCACCUUCUAUUCCAGUGAACACGACAGCGGGUCUUCGCCGUUUCGCGAUGCUGGAAACUCGUCCUCUUACUUACGAAGAUCACCUGUUGCCUCUUCCAGACGAUGAUAAUCCACUCAUUAUUGAUGAGGGAGGAGAUGAUGCUACAAAAGAAUCUUCAGAAUCACUUCUAGGGUCGAAUAACAAUGAGGAAAAUACAAUGUGCUCUUCUUCGCAUGUUAUGAGUUCAGCUUGUAUAGAAGCCUUGGCCGAGGAAAUUUCCAUGGGCAGCCAUUCCGAUGGUUCUCUUAAAGAUAGCAAAUGUCCGACUCCUGGUUGCAACGGCAUCGGCCAUUCCACCGGCCUCUACUCGCACCAUAGGAGCUUGUCUGGCUGCCCAAGGAAAGAUAAAAUUACGCCUGAAAUUCUUGCCAUGCACGAGACGAUAUUGAAGUGCCCGACACCGGGUUGUAAUGGAAAGGGACAUGUCAACAGUAACAGAAAUUCCCAUAGAAGUCUUUCAGGAUGCCCCAUUGCUGCAAUGGAAAAAAUGGCUCAUAAAGAACACAAGACUCAAACUAAAACUGUCACAACUACUACAGUUACACAAACAGGCUUGAGCUCAGAGCGUGUUCUUCGACCCAUGUGUUUCGUGAAGCAACUGGAUCUUCAGGAUUACAAGUUCCCAAAUUACGUCAACACACAGACGCCCAGGACGAACCUCAACAAAGAACUAGAAAAGUACAGCAAGCCCCCUACUGAGUUCUCCUUCGACGUCUACAGACCCAUUGCGCCUAAACCAAAAGUGACGCCCCCUGCACCUGCUACAACCACUGAGCCCGAGGCAGAUGUUGCCCCAUCUCAGCAGCCCUCCCAACCUCAGAGGCCCACGCCCAUCGUUGUCAAGCCAAAGCCCCAGCAAGGAACUGCCUUUAAGCAGUUUUCUCUGGAGCCUGCGUCGGCUAUUAAUCUCUCAACCAAGAGUGGUGCCGACAACGUCAUGGACCUGUCCUCUUCCACAACACGCACCACACUCCACACGCUUGAUUUGAGUGCCAAUUCACGAUGUCCCACUGGAAUUUGCACAAAUUCUUUGUCAGGCAGCACUACCAUUCUCCAUCCCACACCACACCGACCGACAGUUCUGGUAACGCCAAAGCCAAUAUUCGGUGCAGCCAUUGAGCAAACUGAACCAGUGGAUUUCUCCACAGGAACUGCCACGGCCACUAGAGUUGGCGUCAUAUCCGCUCCUCUGGCACCAGUGACCGUGCAACCUCUGCUGACACCAGUGGAUUCUUUGCCAAUGUCACCACCUCCAGCACUUGUUCCGCAGGCACCUCAGACGCCUUAUCCGCCGCCCAACAGAUCACCAUUCUCACAAAUUCAAAGCCCCAUCACUCUGCAGGCCGCUGUACCAUCCCCUCAUCCCACUUCGCUGCCCGCAUCUCUGCCCUCCGCACUGUCCGCGUCACUGCCUCCGAGCUCUACUCAUCCUGCCACCAUCAACACUCAUCAUCCCAUAGCGCUGUCCACACCACAGCAACAGUGUCCUGGGAGGAUUAUAGGGUCGGCUACUAGUCAGGUUCAAACUGCGCCCUCGACCAUCCAGGUGUUGUCUUCCACGCCAGCAGCCAGCCUUUCUCUCUCAUCAGUGAGCUUGCAUUCCACUUCGUCAUCAUCAUUCACGAUAGCCUCUCUGUCCAGUUCACAUGUCCCAUCGAUCCUGGCAUCCCUGGCACAGACACUAGUUGUGACAGCAGCCCCUCAUCCUCAGCAACAGCAGACACAAUCAACGCCUAUCCUCAGGAGUCCAGUAACAUCCACCAACUCAAAUAACCUGCCUGCACCUGCCUGCCUCACUCUGUCUGUGACAACAGUUCUCACGCCGACCUGCAACACCACCACUCAGACCACUAAUAAAUGCAUCAACAACAAUCGUCAACUAUCUAUGGUCACGACAUCUAAUGACAGUGAUCAAGAUAGGGUACCAUCGCCUAGGCUAUUGAAAACUGCUCUGGCAGCUGUAAAAAUACGUGAAACUCGUGAGCCUAUUCACUGUCCGACACCAGGAUGUGACGGAAUGGGUCACGUGUCAGGAAACUACGCCACACAUCGCAGGUAUAAUUCGAAAGAUUUCAUUCCUUCAUGUAAAUUAUUAUCUCAUUUACAGUAUCGAUGA